AACCCCCAAGCAGCGUGAUUCAGAGAUCCCUCUGGGCACAACCGCUUACCGUACUGCUUGCGCUUUCCCGCCGGCAGUCAUGCUCCACGUUCGCUAGACACGAAGAGUAGCCUUGUGCGACCAAAGCUCGUUUUGUCUAACAAAGCGCUUCCGACGCGGCAGGCCGGGAACAAUGGAACAACAAGCGGCUUUCGCAAACGUGAGCUCGUUCCUGCCCUCGCCGGCGGACCUGCUCAUGGCCGUACCGCGCCUACUGUCCAGAGCAGGUGCGCUCGGCGAGCACAUAGACAGCGUCUUUGGCAAGAUUCGGACAGGCGGCAGCAUCAUCGCCGAACCGACCGCCAAUCUCACCAACGCGACCGCCGCGACGACAUCGGGCACAUUUGUUCAGGAGUCUAUCGCGGCCGCUACAAACGCAGGCUUGGCAUUCCAGGAAGACAUGAACUUCUUCCAGGCGCUGAAGAACGUGGGCUCGUUCUUCAGCUACAUCACGUCCAAGUGGGCUAUAGCAACCUUCUCCAUUGCCAUUAUUCUCAACCGUACAUACUUCUACGCUUCGAGCCGAGUUCCCCUCUCGUUCGACCGACUCCACCUGCGCUUUGCACUCUACCUUAUCCCGCUGCUCCUGUUCGCAUACCGCAUACAGAAUGUGCUUCGAGCUAUCCGCUGCCAGACAAAUCCGGGUUGGACAGACCUACAAUACGGGCCUGCAGGGCGACAGUUAGACACCGAUUUCGCCGGCGACGGUGGCUAUCUCUGGCGAGCAAGUUCAGCUGCACUCUUCUGGGAAGAUGUGGAGCAGUCUUGCAGGGCAGUCAACAUGCUCCCGCUCGCGCCAGAUGCGACACGACCGGCUGGCUCUCUGGCACUAUUGUGGCCCUUGUUCAUCUCGCUCGGGUUCGGUCAAUUCGUCGAGACAUUAGCAUGUGCUCUCCAGGGACGUCACCCGGUCCCAGAGGUGGGCAUGACUAUCUUCGAACAUUCAUUGGCCUUCGCAGAGGCAGAAGCAGUGGUAUCUCGACCGUUCGCCCUGGAUUCUAGUCGUUUUUUCAAGCCGCAAACAGUCUUUACCCCUGAUUCCACCAAACUCACACUGGCUCGGUCGACCAUAUCCGCAUUUGCAAACGUCCCCCCAGAAGUGCUAUUGAUAUCAUUGAUCUCUAGCGUCAGCCAUUUUACAAGCAAUUUCCUUGCUAUCAUUGGGUACCGCGCUCGAUUUCGACUCGUGACCACAGGCAUAUGGGGCGCUGCUUAUAUGGCCACCUUCACUUGGAGUCUGAUCCGAUUUGUAACGAAUGGAUUUGAUUCCGGCGGCCAUGUCGGCAUCUUGAGAUUCCCUACGGUUUGCAUGGUUGGCUUCAUUCCACAUCUUGUUAUUAUUGCCGGCAUUUUAUGCUGUGGCGUCAUUUAUCUGCUCGCACUGGGAAUUACUGUCCUGAACCCUCCGCCUGGACAGCCCAAUGCGACUUGGCGCGAGCGACUUUCGACAGCCUAUGGAAAUCUCCAUGCUAAUAUACACCUCUCUGCGAUAACCCCGCUGAGUGUCAGCUGGAGCGAGGACUUCUAUACUGCUGUACUGAAGGUCGGGCUCACUGUCCUAACCGCCGCGAGCGAGGCAGUCUUCUUGAACGAAGCUAUGCGUGUCAACGUGCACUCAUCGACUUGGUUAGAGCGAAAGAGGUAUUACGAAGCGACGACUCGCCGCAGACUCCCGGGAGAAAGGAUACAUAAUGGAGCUGGAGCGAACGCUCAACUGACCUCCGGAUAUGCGCAGGAGAGAAAGACCAAAGGCAUGGAUGCGUCCUUACCCGAUACUGAUGUAGGAUCGGGACAGGGUAUCCAAGCCGGUGGAGUCCAACACCGGCAAAAUCGAUGGUGGCCGACUCUUCGCUUCCUCCAAGGCAUUGUGGCGCUUUUGCUAUAUGUGCAAGCCAGGCUAGUGAUGGCCAUCAUGCAGAAGCUUCACAUCACCUGGCGACCUCGGUUGCUUACUCAUCUCUCUCAAAUGCGGAUACAUGAAGAAGCUCAGCGUCGACAUGGCGUUGCACGGUCGGAGCGAGAGUCAUGGCUCGAUGACAACGACAUCGGCGGGGGCAGAAUUCGAACACGGCGAGACGUCCCGUUCGACGUGGAAACGUUCACGCGAGAGAAAUGGCAGAGAAACGGCAUGUUGCAUGAGCGAGACUCUGAAGAGCGCAUAUCCAACCACCUUUACGACUGGUGGAAACGCGGCGGUAAGUGGGGCGACAUCGACGCGAGCGGCGAUUAUGUUCCAUCGCCUGCUGAUGAGGAUGACACUACAAGUGUCAUCUCAUUUUCGACCACAUCAGAUGCCAAUGAGUGGUCGGAUACGGAAGAUGAGGGACAGCGAACGCCGACACAGACGUCUUAUCGAGAUAGUCGCGAGUCUACACCAAUGCAUGCCGAUACGCUUGAUCUUUCCCGGCUGUCACGCCUGCUGGACCCGCAAUCGAAAGAGGAAAGGGAAGAGGCCAGGAUGCUGGGACGACACCUGCAGAGCCCAGGCGUGAUGACGCGCUCACAGUACCGCAAGGUCCUCCAGAGCAACGACGUCAGGCUAUUAGCGUCAGCUCGUCACCGCAAGGCCGGCGCUGCUCCGAUGUCGCCAGACGAGGAGGAGCAGGUCUUGGAAGAGUUCAUGCUCGAGAAACGGGAUGCGGCCGCCAAGAGUAAUUCUGGCUCAUGGGACAGCGGCGCAGAAGGUAUGGGCAGCGAUGGUCCCCAGUGUGUGGUGUGUCAGGUCAGUCCUCGCACAGUUCUAGUCUGGCCUUGCGGCUGUUUGUCUCUGUGUGAUGACUGCAGGGUCGGACUUGCAUCGAAGAACUACACCGCCUGCGUGUGCUGCCGCACCAAUGUCACGGCUUACUCGAGGCUGUUCGUUCCUUGAGAGGUGGUUCACUCUGUAUAUGCUUAUAUUAUAGACAUUUGUCGUUCUCAGUACAUGUUGAAUAUUCUUCGGAUGAUUUUGCAUUUUUGGUGACAGCAG